CCCAGGUAGGAGCUCUGGCCUCUUUAGCAACACCCUCUGAUCAGGUAGCCUCCUCUUGGGCGUUUGAUUAUCGCUCAAGCUACUUAAAUCACAUCGACAGUCAGUGGCUCCUAGCCACAGGUGUCCAGCAGCAACUCAAGUGAAGUGGAUCACUAGACACCAACUUUCCUCUACUGGCCUCUCCACUCCUGCUCGCCUUUCCAGGGACACUCUACAACCAGAAGAAAACCACGCCACAAAUCAAGCACCUGUGGACUUGGCCUCUUAUUGUGGUGCCUUUUGACUCAGCAAUACCAACGCUCUGCAUCACAUACCCAGAACUGAACCUAACUUUACGCACCAAGAGUUGAGGAGAAUGUCUUCUUUAAAGCGUCUUCAAAACGAGCUCCUUGAUCUGUCUCGUGAUCCACCAGACAACUGCUCUGCCGGGCCUGUGGAUGAUGACAUGUACCAGUGGCAAGCGACCAUAAUAGGUCCCGAUGGCAGCCCCUACCAGGGAGGUGUCUUCUUCCUUAAAAUGGAAUUUCCUUCAGAUUAUCCAUUCAAACCUCCCAAGGUAGUGUUCACCACCCGAAUUUAUCAUCCAAAUAUUGGUAGAAAUGGAAAUAUCUGUCUAGACGUGCUCAAGGAUCAAUGGUCUCCAGCGCUCACAGUCUCCAAACUACUCUUAUCUAUCUGCUCCUUGUUGUGCGACCCCAACCCAAAGGACCCUUUGGUCCCCGAAAUUGCCAAGGUGUACCUAAAGAACCGGAGAGAGUAUGAGAGACAGGCUAGAAAAUGGACUGAGAAGUAUGCCACAUAA